UCACAAGAAGAUGGUAAAGACUGCAAAGGAAGGCAUAAAACAGCAAGACAGCAACUCAAAAAUCUAUGGCAAGAUGCAAGCAGUGUUCAUAGAAAUGGACAAAAGCCCCGCCACUAACUCAGCAAUGAAAGAGCUGAAGGACUUGAAGGAGGCAGUCAUUGGGAGUGGCGGAGAGGAUGCAAAGGAUGCAUUUGAUCCUAAAAAGCACAUAGAUGCGUAUUUGCCUGUACGGUUAACGAGUAGAGGCUGAGCAACCUGUUGCAGUCCCUCUUGGUGGGUGCUAGCCUCGGUGCCAUGCCUGUCA